AUGGCUUCCAACGCUCCUCCUGCCACCUCGGUGGAUCAGCAGGCCUACGAGAAUGGCCAUGCGCCCCAGGAACACGACCACGCCGCCCACGCUCCGGGUCUCAGGCCUCGACAGCUCACCGUGUCCCAGGUGUACGACCCGCAGUUCUUCAACAUUGCCAACCCUGGUCCCCUCGGCCUCAUCAGCUUUGCGUUGACCACUUUUGUGCUUGGCUUGUACCAAUGCGGCGCAGGACUUCCAAACUCAAAUCCUCUCGGCAAUGUCGGUCCUGACCAGGCCGUCUUCGGCCUCGCCAUCUUCUUCGGCGGCGCUGCCCAGUUCAUCGCCGGCAUCAUGCAGUUCCGCGUCGGCAACACCUUUGGUACCACGGUCCACUGCUCCUAUGGCGCCUUCUGGCUCGCCUUUGCCAUGUUUCUCGUGCCCUCGCUCGGCAUCAAGGAGGCGUACGCCGGCAACGAGCGCGCGUACACGUUUGCACUGGGCAUCUUUCUCAUCCUGUGGUGCUUCCUGACGCUCAUCUUCUUCAUCGCCGCGCUGCGCACCAACAUUGCCAUCCUCGUCGUCCUCGGCUUCCUUUUCCUGUCUUUCUUCUUCCUCAGCAUCGCCCAGUUCAUCGCGACCUCGCAUGCCACCAACGCCGUCCGCGUAAACCGCGCCGGAGGAGUGUUUGCCGUCUUUAGCGCUCUCGCUGCGUUUUAUGCGGGCAGCGCGGGCCUCAUGACGCCGGCCACAACCUGGGUCCGAUUCCCGCUCGGCGAGUUCGACCACAAGCCAGCGACGGCGCCGACGAACGAGAAGGCCACGCACCAGGCUUGA